CAAGUGCCAACUCCAACUUUCUGGACUCCGUAGGUUGCAGACGCAUAUGCUAAGCUUGAAACAUGUCUGUCGUUGAAAAGGAAGCGCUAAAUGACCUCAUCAAGCAGCAAGGCGAUAUUGUGCGAUCGCUGAAAGCCGAAAAAGCGCCGAAAGAAAAGUUUAGCUGGAUGUUCUGAGGGCGUCUUCUCCUCUCUCCCAUUCCUUCCCCCACAUUGCCUGUUUUUGCAUAACCACCAAUGGCCACUCUACUGCACUGCCUGCGGUGCCCUCCAUUGCACUCCAUGCGCCAUCUGUCUCUUCGGGUGUUGUCAACGGCUGCAUACUCAAUUGCACAGAUUGAUGAGGAAGUAGCAAAGCUGCUGCAGCUGAAAGCCCAGCUGACUGAAGAUGAGCCUCACAAGUAUGUCCUCAAGACGGCCAAGGGCACAAGGGACCACAUGCCAGCUCAAAUGGCCUUGCGAGAGAAGGUGUUCUCCACCAUCAUCUCAUGCUUCAAGAGGCAUGGAGGAGAGGCCAUUGACACGCCUGUCUUCGAGCUCAAGGACACGCUCACAGGCAAGUAUGGAGAGGACAGCAAGCUCAUUUACGACUUGGCUGACCAAGGCGGGGAGAUCCUGUCUCUGCGCUACGACUUGACGGUGCCCUUCGCCCGGUUCCUGGCCAUGAACAAAAUCAGCAACAUCAAGCGUUACCAGAUUGGCAAAGUGUACCGGCGGGACAACCCCGCCAUGACACGAGGACGCUACCGCGAGUUCUACCAAUGUGAUUUUGACAUUGCUGGACAGUAUGACCUUAUGUUGCCUGACGUUGAGUGCGUAAGAAUUCUGGCUGAGAUACUGAAGGACCUUGGCUUUAACGGCUUUGUGAUAAAGGUCAACCAUCGAGAGAUCCUCAAUGGAAUGUUUGAGUUUUGUGGUGUACCGGCCGACAGUUUCAAGACUAUCUGCUCUGCUGUUGACAAGCUCGAUAAGUUGCCUUGGGAGGACGUCCGCAAGGAAAUGGUUUCUGAAAAGGGAUUAGCAGAAGAAGUGGCUGACAAGAUUAGCCAGUUUGUUGUCAAAAAAGGUGGCCCGGAACUUGUGACAGCUCUGAUGUCUGACGAGCUGGCUACUAAUGCUGCUGCCAAGCGAGGCCUGGAGGAGUUGCGGCUAUUCUUUGAUUACUGUGACCUGUAUGGAAUCACUAACAAGGUGUCCUUCGAUCUGAGCCUUGCUCGAGGGCUGGACUACUACACGGGAAUUAUCUUUGAAGCAGUGCUGACUGAUGACGGUCAGCCAGGCGAAACUGUGGGCAGCGUCGCGGCAGGAGGUCGCUACGACAACCUUGUGGGCAUGUUUGAUGCCAAGGGCCGUGCUGUGCCGUGUGUUGGCAUUAGUGUCGGAGUUGAGCGAAUCUUCACUCUGCUAGAAGCUAGAGCGCUGACUGAGCAGGCCAAGCUACGGACAAAUGAAACGGAGGUCUUUGUGGCAUCGGCACAGAAGCAGCUGGUUCGAGAGAGGAUGAAGAUCUGUUCGGAGCUUUGGGACCAUGGGCUGAAGGUGGAGCACUCAUACAAGCAGAACCCCAAAUUGCUGGCACAACUUCAAUACUGUGAAGAGCGGUCGAUCCCACUGGCAAUCAUCAUUGGCGAAUCGGAAUUGCAGAAAGGUGUAGUCAAACUUCGCAAAGUGGUCACCAGGGAGGAGUUUGAAGUUCCCCGGGACAAGCUGACCACCGAGAUCAGGAACUACCUGAAAAACAUGAGCAGCCAGCAGGAGAGGGCGUGACAAGAAUUGCCUCAUUACAGCAUACUUCAAGAAAGUUAUUUAUUGAGUCAGGCUGUCGAGGCCAGAGAGCGGGUCGCAGUAGCUGGAAAAUAAACCUCUCUUAUUGUUUGUAAA